AUGGAUGCUUAUACUCGACACGAGAAGCACGGAUCACAGCCAUCGUUGAGCGAGUUCGAGGAGAUGUUCCAUGCUGUUGCCGCACGGUACAAGGAUGGGGUCUUCGUUAUUGUUGAUGCGCUGGACGAGUGCCAAAUGAACGACGAUGUUCGUUCCAAGUUCAUUGAAACACUUUUGCACCUUCAAUUCAAAGGAAAUAAUGUCAGCCUCCUGGCCACGUCUCUCCCUGUACCUGAUAUUGUGAAAGCCUUUGAUGGGUACUCCCGCCUCGAGAUCGUAGAACGAAAGGAUGACAUCGAGCAAUAUCCGCGCAAUCGCAUGCCCAGUUUGUACUUGGUCUCAAAGCACCCAGACCUCAACAUAAUAUCAGCUGCAUUGCCAGUGUCGCAGAUGGCAUGUUCCUACUCGCUCACCUCUUCAUUGAGUCCUUGA